UAAAACUUUUGAUUCAUAUUAUUCUUCAGUUGGUUUUCUAGUCGAAACAAUUGUGUUUUGAACUUGAUAAAAUUUUUAUUCGGUUCGAUUAUUAUUUCGAUUUGGGCGGGUUGUUCGAGUAGUGUUGGAUUGGGGUUUGAACACUUAUUCCAACGGGCAACAAGGCAAUACGUACAAUUAGCUCGAAAGUUUGCAUUGACAACAUCUCUCAAGUCAGUGGGAAAGAGCAGAGAAUAUCUUCAACCAAACCGCACUGCCCGAUUCAUGAUCAAAUCGAGGAAUUUAGCAACUCAAAUUCUAAUCCUCCAACGAUCUGUGCAGGAAAUAUGAGACAGAUUAAGCUGAGAAGUGAUGGAAUAUUGGGCAGCAAUGUGAGUGAAUCAAGCAUAAAAUUGGAGAAGAAGACUAAAGCCAGCAAAAUCUGGGUUAAAAGAAGAGAAAAAUGGCUGGUAGUUCUGGGUGUUGUGCUUCAUGCUGUUUAUAUGUUAAGCAUUUUCGAUAUUUACUUCAAAACUCCCAUUGUUCAUGGCAUGGAUCCAGUCAAACCCCGCUUUUCUUCCCCUGCUAAACGCCUCGUUCUUAUAGUUGCUGAUGGUUUACGAGCUGACAAAUUCUUUGAGCCUGAUGAAGAAGGAAAUUACCGAGCACCUUUCCUCAGAAAGGUGAUCAAAGAACGUGGGCGCUGGGGUGUCUCCCAUGCUAGACCUCCAACAGAAUCAAGGCCUGGACAUGUUGCUAUUAUAGCUGGUUUUUAUGAGGAUCCUAGCGCUGUUACAAGAGGGUGGAAAGCUAAUCCAGUUGAAUUUGAUUCAGUAUUCAACCGGAGUCGUCAUACAAUUUCAUAUGGAAGCCCAGACAUUGUACCAAUAUUUUGUGGUGCCGUACCCCAUAGCACAUGGAAUUCAUAUCCUCAUGAGUUUGAGGACUUUGCUACUGACGCAUCCUUUUUGGAUGAAUGGUCCUUUGAUCGAUUUCAAAACCUUUUAUAUAAGUCAAAGGAUGACCAGAACUUGGAGCACUUACUUAAGCAGGACAAAAUUGUCAUUUUUUUGCACCUUCUUGGUUGUGAUUCGAAUGGUCAUGCUCAUCGCCCAUUCUCUUCGAUCUAUCUUAAUAAUGUUAAGGUUGUGGACCGGAUAGCUCAAAGAGUUUAUGAUCUAGUUGAAGGUCAUUUCAAGGACAAUCGCACAGCAUACAUAUUUACAGCUGAUCACGGAAUGAGCGACAAAGGUAGUCAUGGGGAUGGACAUCCAACAAACACUGAUACUCCCCUUGUUGCUUGGGGAGCAGGAGUGAAAACUCCCAAGCCCAACUCCAGCAACCAUUCUGAUUGUGGAUUUCGUUUUGUUGAUGAACAUUCUCAUGACACACCAACGCCAAAUGAAUGGGGUCUGAAUGGCAUAGAGAGGGUGGAUGUCAAUCAGGCUGAUAUUUCACCAUUGAUGUCCACCCUACUUGGUUUGCCAUGUCCUGUGAAUUCCGUUGGAAGUUUGCCUCUUGACUAUAUUGAUUUCAGUGAGCCAGAAGAAGUUGAAGCUGUGCUUGCUAAUACCAAACAAAUUUUGAACCAAUUUCUUCGCAAGUCCUAUAUAAAGCAGUUGCAUUCGUUGUACUUCAAACCUUUCAAACCAUUGGCCAAUUAUUCGCUAGUGUUGGAUAGAAUUGAAGCACUGAUCUCAGCGAGAGAAUACAAAAACGCGAUGGAAUUAUCUGAGAACCUCAGAACACUUGCACUUAAAGGACUGCAUUAUUUCCAAACUUAUGAUUGGAUGAUGCUUAUGACAGUAGUGACUCUUGGAUAUCUUGGUUGGAUAUUUUAUCUGGUUGUCCACGUGAUGCAAUCAUACAGUAGCUUUCCUUAUCAGAUAAUGUACAAUGGGGAUGCUGCUCAGUCGAAUAAAAUUGGAAAGGUCUAUGUACUUGGAACUCUACUAAUGGGGAUGUUAUCCAUACUAUUUCUUGUUGAACGUUCGCCUCCGCUCUAUCAUGCUUACACUGCCAUGACUGUUUUUCUUUGGACAAAAAUUCUAAGUCAAUACCAGUUUAUAGUUGCUUUGCUGAGAAGCUUGUGGAAGGAGAAAGUUGUUUAUAUAAUCAAACUUCUAGCGUAUUGUGCUGUGUCAAUCAUUGUUCUAGAAUUUUUGGUAAACAGCUUCACAGAAAGGAAGCUGUACACCUGGUGCUUCCUACUUGUGGGUACUGUUGCUCCCUUUUAUCUUCAUUUUGUGAUUCCUUGGAAAUCUUGGAUACCAGGGUUUGUGUGUCUGUCAUGUUGGUUUUUAUCAAGUUUCACGUUGAUGCCUGCGGAAAUCCCGGACAAUACAUUCUUAGUUGUUGCAAGUGGAGCUCUGAUUAUUUUGAUUGGACUAGCUGCAAGGUUGUUAGAACUACGCUAUAAAGAGAAUAAGUAUUGGCAGUAUAUUCUUAAUCCUGAAUUGAUCAAGCCCAAGUUCAGAAUGCUUUUCCAUGUGCAGGCUGUUCUGGUGGGUAUAUCAUCACUGAUGGUAUUUCUAGCAACAUCUCACAGAACUCAAAACCAAGAAUUGCUUGUGAUUCAUCAGUUAAUAAAUUGGUUUGUUGCAGGCUUUUCAAUGAUUCUUCCUUUAUUUUCGGCCCCUUGCCUGUUGUCUAGAUUAACAUCAAUUUUCCUUGGGUUUGCACCAGCUUUUCUGCUUUUAUCAAUUGGAUAUGAAGCACUUUUUUAUGCUGCUCUUGGUCUUGUACUUAUGGCAUGGAUACUAUUUGAAAAUACUAUUCUCUAUUUGAGAAAGCGAAGAGGAAUUUCAGUUUCUUCAAAGAGUAUGGUGGAAGAGGCCACUAUUGAGAACGAGUUUAGAUCUUUGGAGUUGUCAGAUGCAAGAAUCGCAUUGAUCUUUAUGGUAUUGUUCAAUGUUGCAUUUUUUGGAACGGGGAACUUUGCAAGUAUUGCAAGUUUUGAGAUUUCUUCCGUCUAUCGCUUCAUCACCAUCUUCAGUCCGUUCUUGAUGGCGGGACUCCUGAUCUUCAAACUAUUCAUACCCUUCAUGCUCGUAAUAUGUGUCUUCAGUGCCAUAACAAAAAUGAUUCAAGUCCCGCUCUUGGGCUUGUAUUUUCUUGUCAUUUUAUUUUCCGAUGUCAUGACUAUCCAUUUCUUCUUCCUGGUACGGAAUACCGGAAGCUGGAUGGAGAUCGGGAACAGCAUUAGCCACUUCGGUAUAAUGAGUGCGCAGGUGGUGUUCGUGCUUUUGCUCUUUGCAUUGACAAAUAUUUAUACAAAACCCCUCCAAAUUAAAUUUUCUUCUUCACUUUCCCGUAAAUUAGUUUAAUUUCUUGUUUUAUACCAAACUUUUGUCAAUUUUUGUUAGGAUUUUAGACGUAUUUUUGGGUACAAUUGAUUUUAUGGAGAACACAUUGCUAUUUGAGA